UUCAAUUUUGACAGAGACCCAACAAGGCAAAACGGCGAGGGUUACAAUUUUUGUUUCGAAAAACGGGUCAAAAAGAUGAUUCCUCAUCAAUGGGCACCUCCCUGUAACAAUCAGUGCACCCAUAAAUACUCAACUCUCAUGCAAAUUCCUUGGAGAGUCUUUUGCAAAAAAGGAUGUGAUGCUGAUGGAGAGACGUGGGAUGAAUGUUUGUCAGAAUGUGAGGAAAUAUGCUAUAAAAAUCCAGUUCUGAAGGAUCAACAGUGGAGUGCUUACAUUGACCGAUCCCCUGGUGCCGCCAGCUGCUCUGAGGAAUGCUUUCAUGCUUGUGUAGCUGGCUGUGGAUACAAGUUUGACGUUCCUUCCCAAAAAGUCGAUCAAAUCCAUCCAAGCAGGCCUCCUCCGCCUCCUCCCAAAGAGAAACUGACCACACCUGCUGUGAAAAGAAUACUACCCCGGAAAUCUAGCCAAACGAUUGAUGACAUACCUGGGACAUCCGCGUAGCAUC